AUGAAAGCAUUAAUUUUUUACAAAAAUACUGCUGCGCAGAAGAAAGAAAUUUAUAAGAAUAACAAUAAUAAAAUAGGUAUAUAUAUGUGGACGCACAAUAGCACAGGAAGCAAGUAUGUAGGUUCUUCUAUAAAUCUGUCCCAGAGAUUUGUUAAAUAUUUUUCUAUACCUAGUUUGAAAAGUGAAAUAAUAAGAAAUAAGAGUAGAAUAUACCGUGCUAUACUUAAAUAUGGGAUGGAUGAUUUUACAUUAGAGAUUAUGGAGUAUUGCGAUUCAAAUGUUCUUACAGAAAGAGAACAAUUCUAUCUAGAUUCUAUAAAACCUAUAAAACCUAUAUAUAACAUAUUAAGUAUUGCAGGUUCUCGUGGUGGAUUUAAACACAGUGAAGAAACAAAAGAGUUACAACGUGUAUUUAAGUUAGGUUAUAAGGUAUCAAAUACAACUAAAUUAAAAAUGUCUAUUGCUAAUACUAAAGCAAAAAGUGUUACUGUAAAGAAUAUUCUAACAGAAGAAAUAUUUGAAUUUAUUAGUGUUAGAAAAGCCGCUCAGUUUUUUAAAAGUUCACAUUCUCAAAUAAUAAUAUAUAUCAAAAACGGUAAACCAUUUAGAAACGUUUAUAAAAUAUAUUAUAAAAAAAAGUAA